UCUCGGCCGGCGCGCGCGUCGGGAAGGAGCCGCUCGUCUCCACCGGGCCUCUUGACGGCCGCGACGUUGACGCGCACCUGCUUCGGUGCUACAUUUGAUUGUUUGGAGGCUUCGUAUUCUCCGAAGAGCGCCUCUGACCUGCGAGGCGACUGAAAUGCCCCCUCCCACCCGUUCCCCCCUCAACCGCCAAGCACCAACCAGACAUGAUGCAGAUGCAUUUUCGCUUGGGUUUUGCUGUCAGGACUCAUUUGGUUUUAUCUCGUUUUUCGCGCUGACGCGAGAGGUUGCAACGGUCCAAGAAUCCCAAGUUCUUUUGACCGCCAACAAUGGCACGAAGAGAGAAACAAAAAAGAUAUCAACUUGGCAGGCGCAUGUUUUGUGAUUGCUGGGAGGGGAGAGUCAUCUUUUCAAUUCCAUGUUAUCCGUGUUCAUUUUUGGUACGCCGCACGCAGCGAUGCGAUUGCUUUCCCAACUCAAAAUGGAAGAAAAUGGCGACCGCGUGCUGCCAUUUGAGGAUUGCGGUCGUCCGCUGGAGCGUUUUCGCCCAUGUUUCAGAUGUCCCCCGGCUGCUCCGCAAGAAGCACGAUAAAGACCACGCCGAGAAAAACAAUUGGACGACGACGACUCCAAGUGACGUGCGAUGCCGCAGUCGUAUGAGCUGCUCUUCGCAGUGGAUAAAGCAAAUACGCCCGUGAGGAUUGCGACUGUCUUGCCUGCAUGUAGCGCUCGCUUCCCCAUUUGUGUUCAGAAAAAAAAGCGUCGUCUUAUCGACGUGACAUAUACGGAGCCCACCUUCUUGAGUCUGGCGACGCACCGCACAGCCGGCUUUCUUUAGCGGCCGGAUUGCUCGUCGGUGAAAUGCGUGUCCGUAGGCACUUUGCGAUGUUCUGUGACUGUACACAAGGUGGCAGCGGUGCUCUGAAAAUACUCUUGAGAUGAACUAGCCCGUGAGGCAAAUGCAGCGUUUGGCUCCACCGCGGCCUUGUUAUUUUGCCUCCCGACACCACAGCCUUCAGCCGCUUAGAGACGAUGAAAGGGACGGACGAAAACCCGCUUCCGUUCCAGACGUAAUCUGUCCUUUUUCCCCAAAAACUUGUCAUCCUGCGUCCGCACCGUUCCGUCCCAGCGACGCGCUGCCCAUCUCUGCCGAUGAAGGUGACAAAGUCGUCGAAUGAGGCGCGCAAAGGCUUCGGAGCGGCUUCCUGCCCGCGCCGCGGCUCGGUGACUGCGGUGACACGGUCGAGCUCCCGCGGGCCGGCACCUCCUCGGCUUCCUCCUCCGCCGUCUGAUUGGCCCUUUCCGGAGCCGCUUCCUGUUUGGCCCCGGCCGGCCGACAGGAAAAGGCUUUGGGCGCGCUCCUGUUUGUUCUGCACUCGCUCGCUCAUUUCAAGUCCUUCUUGGCUCCCGUUUGCUCACGAAGCCGCAGGCUGUGCGCGCAGGUGCCGAGUGACGUACGGGCGCCUGCCGGCCACACCCCCCCCCUCCUCGGCCGCACGGGAAGCCCGGCCGUGCGGCAGACGUCGGAUUAGCAGCCGGAGGAGAGGAGAAGGAGCCCGCGCCAGCCAGAGCGGCAGAAGUCGCCAGGAGGAGAAAGGCCGCCGCUGGAGCAAAAGUCCGCAAGGAAGAAGUUGAGGAAAAGGAGGAGGACUUAGUGAAGACGAGGAGGAAAAGUUGCCAGGAGCAGACGGAAGAGAAGCAAUUGGAGAACGCGGGCCCGAGUUGUGAAGGAGGAGGAGGACGAAAAGGUCUCGAGAAGAAGAAGGAGGAGUGAACUUGUUGAGGAGGAGACAUGAGCGCGGCGCCCAAUUCCACCACGUCUUCAGAUUUCAGAAUCACGGCGGAGGCGGUGGGCUUCCUGUCGGCGGUGGGCGUGUUCAUCGCCGCCCUGGCGCUGGUCUUCCUCUUCAUCAACAAGAUGCUGUGCUUCUCCAGAGUGGGCGGAGCUCCGUGUCUGGAGCAGCGCCGGCGCUCCCGGAACGAGCGGUCGCCGGGGCUCCGGCAGGGCCUCGUCAGGAGCCGCAGCGCGGAUGACGACGGCGGCCGAUCGUCCUCGGACAGCGACAACCAGGUGAUGAAGCAGUUUGAGAUCUCGGUGUCACGGGCGCAAAGUUUGCGCGGGGAGCAGCCGCCCGGAGGCGCCGGCGGACGCCGCCGCGACAAGCUUGCCGGCGCUCGCCUGUCCCACCGCGAAGACGAUUUCCCGCCGGCAGUCGCGGAGGCGACCAGUCGACGCGACCUCCGUAAUGAGCCGGAGGAGGCGCCAGGGGGACCUUCGGCACCGGAGCAGCAUUCGGGGGCCGUCCCGCAAGAGAGUCCCGCCCCCUCCGCCGGCCUUCCGCCAAUCACGGGCGUCGCCUCGGAGGACCUGGAGGCGGGGCGCCGGCCAAAUGCCGAGGGCUCCCCCGCGUGGACGCCUCAGGUACUGCUUGCUUCCGCCCGGCCUGAAACGGGAGACGCCUCGAUUUCCUCAAUUGGAAACGAUCCCGUCUUCUGCUCGGCUGGGCCCACAUUGUUGCCGUACGUGUCAGUCGUUUCUAUUUUCGAAAUCAGUGACACCCCCCCAAAAAAAAAAAUCCAGUUGCGUUUUUCCAGUCUAAGAUGGCAAAACUCAAUUCAUCAGAUAAAAACAAAAUCUCAAUCCAACUUUAAUAGUCCAAUCAAUCGACACAAUAGCACGACCAGCCCAAAGCACUCAGCCGAGGCAACAAAUAACGCAAGGCAAAUCACGGUGUCGAGGCCCAGCCAAGAAGAACGUCGCCGCCCUCCCUCCCUCCCUCCCAUUUUUGUCUCCGACCCAGGAGCCCCGCCCCCGCGACGCCGCCCCCCCGCCGCCGCCCGGCCCGCUCGCUCCGCGCCCCGUCUCCAAGUGCUGCGACCUGCUGGUCUCCCUGGAGUACCGGGCGGCCGGCGAGAAGCUCCUGGUCACCGUGGUGUCGGCGCGAGACCUUCCCGACCGGCGGCGGAGCGGGGCGGACGCCUGGCAGGUGCACGUGGUCCUGCUGCCGGCCAAGAAGCAGAAACACAAGACUUCGCUCAGGCGGCUGGGCCCGGGUCCCGACGGCGGGCCGGCGGCGGCGGCGGCGGCGCUCGCCUUCGGCCAGACCUUCGCCCUGACGCGCGUGGAGGCCUCCCGGCUGGCGGCGUCGGCGCUGCGCUUCCGCAUGUACGCCCUGGAGGGCAGGAUGUCCCGGCGCCGGAUGAUGGGCGAGAAGGUUCUGCCCCUGGCCGGCGUGGACCGGGCCGGAGGAUCCGUCGACGUGCUUCUGGCGCUGGUGCCCGGCGGCGACAUCAAGAGCGCGGACGACUCGGAGCCCAGCCUGGCCGGCGACAGCGUGUCCUCCGCCCGCUCGCUGGCGCGCGGCGGCGCCGCCCCCGAGCUCCUGAUGGGCCUGUCCUACAGCGCCGCCACCGGGAGGAUGUCGGUGGAGAUCAUCAAGGGGAGCCGCUUCCGCAACAUGGCCGCCAGCAAACCCCCGGACACGUUCGCCCGGCUGACGCUGCUCAACUCGGUGGGGCGGGAGAUCUCCCGCUGCAAGACGUCGCUGCGGCGCGCUCAGCCCAACCCGGUGUACAAGGAGACCUUCGUCUUCCAGGUGGCCCUCUUCCAGCUGUCGGACGUCACUCUCAUGGCCUCCGUGUACGGCCGGCGCAGCCUCAAGCGCAAGGAGAUGAUCGGCUGGGCGGCCCUGGGCCAGAACAGCAGCGGCGAGGAGGAGCGCCUCCACUGGAGGGACAUGAAGGACGCGCGUGGGACUCAAGUGUGCAGGUGGCACGUCCUGCUGGACGCCUGACGCCGGCUUUGCUCUGGACGCGAACCCCUCGCUCGGCACCUCGCCGAGACCAAAGUUGCACUCUCCUAAGAAUCUUCUUUAUUUUUUUUUUUUUAGUAGCUGAGUUUCCAUGGAGCCAGGCGUUCUGAUGAAAAUGAAUCCGAAUGAGAUUUCUCUCGGAAUCGCAGGGCCGCUCGAUUCCUUUUGCCGGUCCGAGUGAGCGUCACGGAAAACGCUUCCGCCGGGAUACCCGAGCCGCAUCUCCGGACCUCAAUGGUCGCGAUGUCGUCGGAUGAAAAUGGCGCCGUCUUACCGGCGCUCGUCUGCGACCGUGGUUACAACCUUCACGUCUACUCAGUUCAUGUUGAUUUUCUAAAAUCAAUCAAGUUUCUACGUUUGAAAGUUCAAUAUCUUGUCUUUGUGAUGUAUUCAAUGAAUGGACUUGCUUUGCAAAUUAUGUUCACCACAGCGUCCCGACUUUCAUGGAAUUGGUUUUCUACCUCGGUAUAUAAAUGCACUUUGAAAGUUCAUUUUUAUGUACUUACUACAAAAAUCCCCGUUUUU